AGUGUGUCUUGAUUCAAGCCUAUUAGUUGACUCUCGUCAUUUUCAUCGCCCAUUCUCUUGCAAAACUAUUAACUAAAAAAGAGACAUCUCCUAAACACGGUCUUGCCCCGGACAACGUCCCAGCAUCCAAGCAUACCAAGAUGGCUGACAACGCAGACAUUGAUGACAGCCUUUAUAGCCGUCAGCGCUAUGUCCUUGGAGACCAUGCUAUGAAACAGAUGGCUACCUCUAAUGUCUUUCUCAGUGGACUCGGUGGAAUAGGGGUAGAAAUAGCCAAGAAUAUUGUACUUGCUGGAAUAAAGUCCUUGACGAUCAAUGAUGGCAAGUCCUGCAGUGUGAAAGAUCUGGGAACACAGUUCUUCCUCAGAGAACAGGAUGCUAAAGCCAACAAGACCAGGGCUCAAGCAACUUAUAGCCGACUGGCUGAGUUGAACCCCUAUGUGAGCAUCAAGCUGAGUCAACAGACGUUAGCUGACAACUCUGACCUGACCUUCCUCAAACAGUUCCAGUGUGUCGUCCUAACAGAAACACCGCUCGGUCUUCAGCUUAAGAUCAAUGAGUUCUGUAGGGCUCAGACCCCUCAAAUCAAGUUCAUAGCAGCUGAUGUAUAUGGUCUGUACAGCUACUGCUUCUGUGACUUUGGUGAUGAGUUCACCGUGCAGGAUGUCAAUGGAGAAGAGCCAAUGCAAGUGUUCAUUGCAGAUGUCACUAAGGACAAUCCUGGCGUAGUGACAUGCUUGGAUCAGCAAUAUCAUGGUCUGGAGACAGGAGACUAUGUGACUUUCAAAGAGGUCAAGGGAAUGACUGCUCUCAAUGAUGCAAGGCACAAGGUCAAAAGGAUCUCACCAUACAAGUUCAGUAUAGAGGAUACAUCAGGUGAUGGGUUCCAGCCGUAUGAGACCGGUGGUAUAGCUAUAGAAGUCAAGGUCCCUUCCAUCGUCAAGUUUCUACCUCUCCGAGACCAACUGACCAACCCGUCUACUAUCCUGGUAGACUUCACUAAAGACCUGAUGGUGUCCCAUCUGGCCAUGUAUGCUCUGCAGCAGUUCAGAGAGGAGAAUGGGAGACUACCAAGCGUCAGGAACGAUGAUGAUAAAGAUGCCUUUGUGAAGAUUGCGAUGCGUCUGAACGACACCCUUGCUGACCCUAUCCCCUCCCCGUCUACCAAGCAGCUUGCAUCCCUGGCCUACAGCGCUGAAGGCUGCUUUGCUCCUCUCUGUGCUGCCUUGGGAGGAUUUGUAGCUCAAGAGGUCCUCAAGGCACUCACCGGCAAGUUCACUCCUCUAAAACAAUGGGUCCAUCUUGAUUCAUCAGAAGUACUGAAGGGACUGGAAAAUGAAAGUGCAGAUAAUUUCAUGCCAAAGGGAGACCGAUAUGAUGCUUUGAGGAUUUGUAUUGGUGACAACCUGGUGCAGAAGAUCGCAUCUCAGAAUCUCUUCAUGGUUGGAUGCGGUGCUAUCGGAUGUGAGAUGAUGAAAAACUUUGCAAUGCUCGGUGUGGGAGUUCAAGGAGGAAAGAUAACGGUGACUGACAAUGACAUCAUUGAGAAGUCCAACCUGAAUCGACAGUUCCUUUUCAGACCUCAUCACAUACAGAAGCCCAAAUCAGAAACUGCAGCACAGAGCACUCGAGAUAUCAACCCAGAUAUGAAGAUAGAAGCGCAUCAGAAUAAGAUCUGUCCACAGACAGAGACGACCAUCUACACCGAUGCCUUCUUUGAAGGACUGGAUGUCGUUGUCAAUGCCCUGGACAAUGUGGAGGCAAGGAGAUAUGUUGAUAGUCGCUGUGUGACUAACCAGAAGCCUCUGAUGGAGUCAGGAACGCUAGGGGCUAAAGGUCAUGUCCAGGUCAUCGUUCCACAUUUGACCGAGUCGUACGGAAGCAAACAGGAUCCUCCAGAGCAGUCUAUACCUUACUGUACUCUCAAGUCCUUCCCUGCUCAGAUUGAACACACCAUACAGUGGGCUAGAGACAAGUUUGAGAGUUUGUUUGCCCAGAAGCCCAGUAUGUAUACCAAGUACUGGGAGGUGAGUGGAGCACCAGAAGAUGUAGUAAAGAAACUUGAGAGUGGAGAGUCUCUAGAGAACACGCUACCUGUCACCAAGUACCUCAAUAACCGAGGGACAUCAUGGCAGGAUUGUGUGAGGAUAGCAAGGAUCAAGUUUGAGAAGUACUUCAAUCACAAGGCCAACCAGCUGCUUCACGCUUUCCCUCUCGAUGCAAAAACAUCCGAUGGAGGUAUGUUUUGGCAGUCACCUAAAAGACCACCCACUCCACAGGAGUUCAGUCCAAAGACAGAAUUGCACAUGUCCUUUUUAGUAAGCUGUGCACGUCUGCUAGCUGCUGUGUAUAACAUUCCAGUGAGUGAGGAUGAUCUGAGUAAGGAGAGACUAGAUGCCAUCUUAGCCGGUGUAGCCGUGCCUCCAUUUGUACCAUCCUCUAAGAGGAUCGUAACUGAUGAAUCAGAAGGCAAGGAAGGUGAAGAGGAUGAAUCGACCGAUAUGAGCUCAGCAUCUAAAGAGAUUACCGCUGCCAUCCGAUCAGGAAAAGCUGUGCCAGGCCUGCUACGACUAACACCAGCAGAGUUUGAGAAGGACGAUGAUUCCAACGGUCACAUAGACUUCAUCACAGCGGCAUCGAAUCUUAGAGCCAACAUGUACAGCAUUGAGAACGCUGAUCGAUUCAAGACCAAGCUUAUCGCCGGCAAGAUUGUUCCUGCCAUUGCCACGACUACAGCAGCUGUAGCAGGAUUGUCUACCAUUGAGAUGGUGAAGUACAUCAAGGGAACGACAAAGAUGGAGGAUUAUCACAACUGCUUCCUCAACCUUGCUCUCCCCAUGGUGAUGUUCUCUGAGCCUGCUAGGACCGUAACCACCAAACUCAAGCAAGGUUUAACCUAUACUGAGUGGGACAGAUGGACGGUGCAGGGUAGCAAGGAUUUCAAACUGCAGGACUUCAAUCAAUACUUCAAGGAUACGUAUCAAUUGGAUGUAAGCAUGGUCGCUAUAGGAGCUAAGUUGAUCUACCUUCCUGUGUUACCUGGUCAUCCUAAGAGGCUCAAACAGAAGAUGGUGGAGCUUAUCAAGCCAGGGGAUGAUAUAAAGUACUCUGACCUUACAGUCAGCUUUGAGCAGGUGGAGGAGGAAGAGGAUGAAGAGGAUGUUACCAAGGCAGUCCCUCCUAUCAGAUACUUCUUUGGAGUUUAAAGGUCAACUUGAGGUCUGGUAAUUAGAUAUAGAUAUAUUGAAAGUGUGUAUGAGGUAAUAGAUAAUAAUAAUAAUAAUAAUAAUAAAACCGUUGCUAGAGCGCUUACCACCAAAGU